GAAACUUCAUAGAAAAAAAAUGCACAACACAACAAUUUCCUACGUUAAUGCGGUAACUUGUUUCUUGUGUCUUCUUUGUUCUAAUUCUAAUUGUUCCUUUAAAAAUGACUAAUUCAAACUUCUUGCCUCUUAUUGCACGGAAAUUGUCUGUCCCUCUUAGGUCUAUAAAGAUUUGAUUUCUAGUUCUUAUUUUCUCCCAUAGUUUCAAAAAAGUAAUAAUUACAACAAUAAUUGCUUCCACUAAAAAAACAUCAAUAAUUGCUUUUUCUUAUUCUCUUUUUUGUGUUGAUUAUUACAUUUGAUUUGAUUUUCAUAAUGAUGAGGUUUAGAGCUAUCACUACUAAGCUAUAUUCUUCAUGCCUUUUAGCAAAUUCUAAACCAUUCCUCACAGCUUCUUCAGCUAUUGCACCUUCCUUUCUAGUUAAAACUUUUGAUGGAUCUAUCAUUCCUCAAUUUCAAGGCUCCAAGAACAAUUCUCUUUUCCCAAGAGUAUAUAUGUCUGCUUCCUCAGCUUUAUUGGAUGAGGAAGUAAGAUAUAAAGGUACCAUUGAAUUACUCAAAGCUGUUGAGGAUCAACAUGGAGGAGUUAUUAUAAACAUAGAUGAGCCUAUGGACUCUUAUGAUUUUGCUUCUAUGCUAGAAGAUUCCUUAUCACAAUGGAGGACACAGGGAAAGAAGGGAGUGUGGAUCAAAUUGCCUAGAAAACAUUCAUAUCUUGUGGCUUCUGCUGUUGAGGCUGGAUUCAAAUAUCAUCAUGCUGAACCAGAUUACUUGAUGCUUGUAUAUUGGAUUCCUAAUACUCCUAAUACCAUUCCUGCAAAUGCUUCUCACCGCAUUUCUAUUGGUGCUUUUGUAGUCAACGCCAAUAUGGAGGUCCUUGUAGUUCAGGAAAAAAAUGGGAGAUUCAGUGGCAAAGGAAUAUGGAAAUUGCCAACUGGAGCUGUUGAUGUGGGUGAAGAUGUUUGUGAUGCUGCAAUUAGAGAAGUCAAAGAAGAGACAGGAAUUGAUACUGAGUUUGUUGAAGUUUUAGCAUUCAGGGAAAGACAUAACUGUUUCUUCCAAAAGUCAGAGAUUCUCUUUAUAUGCAUGUUGCAACCUCAUUCCUUUAACAUUCAGAGUCAAGCUUCAGAAAUUGAGGAUGCUAAGUGGAUGGCAAUUGAAGAUUAUGUAGCUCAACCUUUUCUCCAACAAAAUGAGCUAUUUGACUUUCUUACAAAAGUAGGCUUAUCAAAGUUGAAAGGAAAAUACUCUGGCUUUUCUACCUUACUUACUAGCACUUCCUCUUGCAAAUCUCAUGUCUACAUCAACAAAAAUGAUUCUGCCCAUUUGUUAACUUCCAAACAUCAGCAACCUUAAUUGAUCCAUAUCUACUUGCAAUCAUGACAUUGGCACUUAUUUCAUUUA